GUUGUAUAUAAUGGGUUGAUUUUUUUUCUUCUUUUCUUUCUUUUUCGUGUUUCCUUUCUCUCUCUCUCUCUCUUUUCUUAUUUUGAAUAGCUGGAUAUUAAACAUUGACCAUGUUCAAUACAACACCAGAACAAAAUGAAUUAAAGGUGCAUAUUCCUUGCCUUCAUCCAGCUAAAUCUGCCUUAUUCAGUCAACCUUAUUGUUAUCCUUCUCCCCAUUCACCCACAAACACGACAACCACAUAUGAUGAUAAUAGUAGUCUCUUGCCAACCUAUUCUACAGUCCCAAGAAGAAUGGUCUCUCAAUCCUUUAGAGAAAUCCAUGUACCAUCAUCUUGAAGCUUCUUAUUCCGAAGCUUCAUCUUUAGGAAUUCGAACACCUGAUAUAAAUCUUUAUGAUCAACAACCCAUGCUUGGCUAUACUUCCUUCCUUCAAACCACCCCUCCUUCUAUGAUGGAUCAUACCAACGCUUAUCUUGCUUUGGAUUAUGACCCUGUUGAACUUGUCCCUUCUCUUUCUUAUCAAGACCACAUGACGUUGUUAGACAAGGACUUACUCCCUUCUUAUCCUGCAAGUAUGGUGACAUUUCAAGACACCAUGCUCAACAAUUCUCCUUUAUUGUUGUACGACGAUACUGCUAUUUUAAACCCAUUGUCAACAGAAGCUUUUAUGAAUCAUGUGCCACUAGAAAAAACCCCACCACAACAAACAACACUACCUCCUGUCAAGAAAAAAGAAGGAGAAAAAAUGCAUGCCUGUCAAUGGGCUUUCUGUACAGCAGAAGCACCUUCUCUAGAUAAACUUAUGACACAUAUCUGUGAAAGUCAUAUUGGUAGUGGCAAGGCCACCUAUUUCUGUGAAUGGAAUGGAUGCACACGCAACAAGAAACCGUUUAUGAAAAGACAUAAAAUGCAUAACCAUAUGCGAACACAUACAGGAGAAAGACCUUUUGUAUGUACCAUGCUAGACUGCAACAAAACCUUCUCAAGACCCGAUUCACUCUCUACUCAUAUCAAAACACACUCGGAUAUCCGUCCUUAUUUAUGCUCUAUGCCUGGUUGCGAAAAAGCAUAUUUUCAUUCUCGAUCAUUAAGAAAACAUAUCAAGUCAACCCAUAUGAAAAAGCCAAAUACGGCUCCUUCACGUCGUUGGCAAUCCACUCGGUCUGUGCCACAAAACAAAGUUAAUCUACAGCCCUUAACGACAAUCAAACUAGAUCAUCCUUAUUGACCCUCCUUUAUGUAACAUUCUCUUUUUUCUUUUUUUUUUCUAUGAUACCUUCC